AUGAAGUGUGUGUUUGUGACGGCGAAAACCCGCGUAGCACCGACAAAGAAGUUAAGCAUACCAAGACUCGAGUUGCAAGCAGCCGUCCUAUGUGUGAGAGUGGCAAGCGUGAUUAUUAAGGAACAUGACUACACGUUUAGUACGUUUAGUGCGGUGCACUUUUGGUUGGACAGUACAACAGUCCUUCACUGGAUUCGUGGAACUUCAACACGACACCCAUCAUUCAUCGCAAAUCGGAUAAGCGAGAUUCUGGACGCAACAGAAGUUAACCAGUGGCAUUAUUGCCCAACUAAGUUAAACCCAGCAGAUGACGGUACACGUGGACGUCCAGUUUCAUCCCUCACAACAAGUUCUCGUUGGCUUAAUGGACCUGAAUUUCUGCUGGCUGAUGAAAAAGAAUGGCCCCACAACGUCACAGUCAAGAUGGUCGAAGAAACGCCUUCCGACGAUGGUCAAGAAAGUGAUAAUAAUUUUGCAGGCAAAACCACAGCGCAGAGUGAACCUGCACAAGUGGAACUUGUUGAUAUUACCCGAUAUUUUUCAUACCUUCGCGCGUUGACUGUUAUGGCUUACGUUAAAUGUUUUCUUCGUAAUCAUAAAGUGCGAGAAUCCGAGAGAGUAUUCGGUAAUCCAUCAGUCGAAGAACUUGAACAUGCAAGGAAACAGUUGAUUCGUCAAGAACAAACGAAGUCAUUCCAGUCUGAAGUCAAGGCCCUUAAACAUGGACGUCCUGUCGAAAGACAAAGCAAGUUGGUGUCCUUAGCACCUUUCAUGGACGAAGAUCGAAUAGUAUGCGUUGGUGGUCGCAUUGGGAAGGCGGCUUUACCCUUCGUUACGCGUCAUCCGAUUGUUUUGGAUUCGAUUGGCCAUCUGACCAAAUUGAUUGUAUUGGAUACUCACAGAGAACUUGGUCACGCUGGAGUGGACAACGUGAGAAACGAGUUGCGACAGAAGUAUUGGAUUCUUUGUUGUAAAGCCACGGUGAAGAAGAUUCUUUACGGUUGCUGGUUGUGCAAAUUGCGGCGAAUUGUACCACAACCUCCAAAAAUAGCUGAAUUACCGCGUGAUCAUUUGUUGGUUAGUCCUCCCUUUACCAAAGUUGGCAUGGAUUACUUUAGUCCGCUGGAAGUAAAGUAUGGAAGAAAGCGUCUAAAGCGUUACAUUUGCCUCUUUACUUGUCUUGUAACGCGGGCAGUUCACUUAGAGGUGGCGUUCUCUCUUGAGACGGACUCUUUCAUCAUGUGUCUGCGAAAGUUUGCAGCUUGGAGAGGAAACCCACAAGUUAUAUAUUCAGACAAUGGAACAAACUUCGUAGGGGCAAAUCGGGAGCUCAAAGAGUGUGUAGAGAAUUUGAAUCAAGGACGAAUCGCUAAAGAAUUGAGUCAGAAAGGUGUUAAAUGGGUGUUUAACCCUCCAGCUUCCCCACAUAUGGGAGGAGCAUGGGAGAGACUAGUGCGUUCUUGUAAGAGAACCUUUAAAGCAGUCUUAAAGAAUCAAGUAUUGACUGAUGAAGUGUUGGCAACUGCAAUGGCCGAGGUAGAAUCGUUGGUGAACAGCAGACCCUUGACUGAAGUUAGUUCGGAUGUUGAAGCGAUGGAAGCAAUUACGCCGAAUCAGUUUCUUCUUGGUCGUUCUAGUUUGAAUUUACCACCUGCAGUGUUUGUUGACAAGGAGAUUUCGGGUCGAAAGCGUUGGAGACAAUCGCAAGUUGUAACAAAUCAUUCAUGGGGACGAUGGUUAAGAGAAUACUUGCCUGGUCUAGUUCAAAGGAUGAAGUGGACUCAAUAG